GGAAAGAAGUCCUUACAAAAUCUGAACAAUAUCACAGUCUGAAAAAUGUUUUAUCUCUGAAAUUGAAUGCAUCUUUGAUGGGGGUGGAGUAGGAGAGAAUGGGCAGCUUUAAUUUUUCUCAUGCUGUUAAAAUAUUAACAAUUUUCACUUUAAAUGUGAUUCUGUUGUCUUUUUAAGAUGGUCCAGCUGAAGCAUCUGUUACAAAUGGAGGCACCGCUGCUGUCACAGCGCUGAAUGAUGAUCUGGAUAUCUUCGGUCCAAUGAUCUCUAAUCCUUUACCAGCAGCUGCUGUACCUCCUGCUCAGAGCACUUCCACUAAGCCAGUAGCUACCACCUUGUCUGCGGUAUCCGGGGAUCUUGAUCUAUUCACUGAGCAAACAACAAAAUCCGAAGAGUCGGCAAAGAAACAACUCUCCAAAGAUUCCAUCUUAUCACUGUAUGGCACAGGAACCAUGCAGCAGCAAAAUGCUCCGGGUAUGUUCAUGGGGUCGUCUUCUAUGCCAUUUACCACACAACCAUCAACUCAUUUUCAAGGAUUUCCAGCCAUGGGAGUUCCUGUGCCUGCAGCAACUGGGAUGAUGGGAAACGUGAUGGGACAAUCAGUGCCAGUCAUGGGACAGAGCACAGGCAUGAUGGUAGGAAUGGGAAUGCCCAAUGGAUUUACUGGUACUACACAGACUGGUGUGAUGGGACUUCCUCAAAAUGUCGUUGGACCUCAAGGUGGAAUGGUGGGACAGAUGGUCACGCCACAAAAUAAGUACGGAUUGCAACAAAACCAACAAGCUCCAUGGAACCUCUCUCAGAUGAACCAGCAAAUGGCUGGAAUGAAUCUCAGCAGCUCCAGCAACGUGAUGGGCUUUGGCCAGCCCUCCAGCACAGCGGCAGGAUGGACUGGAAGCUCCUCUGGUCAGACUCUCAGCACACAACUGUGGAAAUGAAAGUUGCAACAGGAGUCUCACCCCGAACAGCCACCUGACAUUCCUUGUUCAAAUGCGUUUACUUUCGCUGUUCCUUCCAUGUACAUACUCUUUUUCUUUUUCCCCAGCUGUUCAGAUUAAGAAUAUAACUGACUGACCGUGUUGUGGUCUAUAUUGAUUUAAAUUUGAUGUAGUGAAAAGCAGAUCAAGAAUGCAUUUAUACAUCAUUGGCAGCGUUUUCAUACAAUGCAUAUGAUUUCAUAGACCAUAUAUUUAAGAAGCUGCUUAACCACCUACUGAUUUUUUUCCCCUCAAAAUUCUAGAUCAAAUGUUUGCAUAUAAGGGAUGUAGCUAUCAUGUUAGUAAUACCCAAAAAUAUGAACCCUGACCCCCCAAAAUUACCCAGUAAUCCUGUAGAAGGUACUGUACGAACAAAUGUUUAAUCAUAUAUAAAUAGAAUGUAAAUGUAUCACUGAGCAAUGUUUUCUAGUGUAUCAAACAAAUUUUGUUUCAUCAUACAUUUCACUGUGAUGUUAUUAUGGUGUGCAUAACAGGGAAUAUGGUUAUUGAAAGAAAGAUAAACCUGGAUGUUGCUGUAGUUCUACAAAUCAAUAGUUUAUUCUUGUAAAAACGAGCAUUUGAUCCAUUUGAGUUUCCUGUGAUAAAGUACCCAAUCUGGCUCGCGAGGCACGUACACAGUAUUAAUGCUGAAAACUAGCGGCACAAUAUGUAUACAAGGUAACUCAAUGUGAACAGCUAUAUUUUUCCUUGCAGAGAUAUCCAGGUUUAUGACAGUGAUUGUGUUUACAUUUUAUGGUGCCUCAUAAUGAUAAAAUGUUAUUUCCCUAUAUUAAAAGGAUAAAUCCAUAAA